ACACCGCCUUCCAGAAAUGAUGGCUGUUGCUAGACCCAGCUGGGACUCUGCCAGGCUCCAGCGCUCAGUCUAAGAGAAGGACCAUCUUCCAGCCCUGCUCUCCCUGUCUGUCAUGGCCAUGCUCCGCUGCUGCCUGCUUAUCUGGGGACACAGGGCACCCAGCCCCAGCCCUGAGAUCUUAAGCCAGGCCUUCUGGCUCCAUUCCACAGGGGUACUCCAGGCCCCAGGCCCCUUUCAGAGCAAGAGCAACUGAUGCCAUGGGAGAAGCCCCUGCCCACCUGUCCACUCGCCUGGCACUGCCUGUUCUGAGACCCAGACACUGAGUCCACCUGGAAGUGCCAACCCUGUGAGUCUUUCCCCUGUCUCUCUGACGCUGAGAAGGUCCUGCCCACCCCCACCAUGUGUGAGGUGAUGCCCACAAUCAACGAGGGGGACCCUCUGGGACCCCCCCAUGGUGCCGAUGCUGACGCUAACUUUGAGCAGCUGAUGGUGAACAUGCUGGAUGAGCGGGAGAAGUUGCUGGAGUCCCUUCGGGAGAGUCAGGAGACCUUGCUGGCCACGCAGAGCCGGCUCCAGGAUGCCCUGCAUGAACGGGAUCAGCUUCAGCGCCACCUUAAUUCUGCCCUCCCCCAGGAAUUUGCCACCUUAACCCGGGAGCUGAGUAUGUGUCGGGAGCAGCUUCUAGAGCGGGAGGAAGAGAUAUCAGAGCUGAAAGCAGAACGGAAUAACACAAGGCUGCUUCUGGAACAUCUAGAGUGCCUGGUGUCCCGCCAUGAGCGAUCACUGCGGAUGACUGUGGUAAAGCGCCAGGCCCAGUCACCUUCGGGGGUCUCCAGUGAGGUGGAGGUGCUAAAAGCACUGAAGUCUCUGUUUGAGCACCACAAGGCCCUGGAUGAGAAGGUGCGAGAGCGGCUCCGGGCAGCACUGGAGAGAGUGACCACUUUGGAGGAGCAACUGGCAGGUGCCCACCAGCAGGUGUCUGCCCUGCAGCAGGGAGCAGGGGUGCGGGACGGAGUAGUAGAAGAGGAGGGGACUGUGGAGCUGGGACCGAAACGCCUGUGGAAGGAUGACAUGGGCCAGGUAGAGGAGCUGCAGGAGCUCCUGGAGAAGCAGAACUUUGAGUUGAGCCAGGCCCGGGAGCGGCUGGUCACUCUAACAGCAACUGUGGCUGAACUUGAGGAGGACCUGGGCACAGCCCGCCGGGACCUCAUCAAGUCAGAGGAGCUGAGCAGCAAGCAUCAGCGGGACCUCCGGGAGGCUCUGGCCCAGAAGGAGGACAUGGAGGAGCGAAUCACCACACUAGAGAAGCGCUACCUGGCUGCUCAGCGGGAGGCCACAUCCAUCCAUGACCUCAAUGACAAACUGGAGAAUGAACUGGCCAACAAGGAAUCCCUGCACCGCCAGUGUGAGGAGAAGGCCCGACACCUGCAGGAGCUGCUGGAGGUGGCAGAGCAGAAGCUGCAGCAGACGAUGCGCAAGGCAGAGACGCUGCCAGAGGUGGAGGCUGAGCUGGCCCAGAGGAUAGCAGCCCUCACCAAGGCUGAAGAACGGCAUGGCAACAUUGAGGAGCACCUGCGCCAGCUGGAGGGGCAGCUAGAGGAGAAGAACCAGGAGCUGGCAAGGGUGCGCCAGCGGGAGAAGAUGAACGAGGACCACAACAAGCGGCUGUCGGACACUGUGGACCGGCUGCUUAGCGAGUCCAACGAGCGCCUACAGCUCCACCUCAAGGAGCGCAUGGCGGCCCUGGAGGAGAAGAACACGCUGAUCCAGGAGUUGGAGAGCUCGCAGCGGCAGAUUGAGGAACAGCACCACCACAAGGGCCGCCUGUCUGAAGAGAUUGAGAAGCUGCGCCAAGAGGUGGACCAGCUGAAGGGUCGAGGGGGGCCGUUUGUGGAUGGCAUCCACUCCAGGUCACACAUGGGCAGCACAGUGGAUGUGCGGUUCUCCCUGAGCACAACCACCCAUGCACCCCCAGGCCUGCAUCGCCGCUACUCAGCACUGAGGGAAGAGUCUGCCAAGGAUUGGGAGCCAUCUUCACUGCCUGGGCCGCUGGCCCCCACAGCCGCUCCUGCCUUUGACAGUGAUCCUGAGAUCUCCGAUGUGGAUGAGGAUGAGCCAGGGGGUCUGGUGGGCUCCGUGGAUGUUGUAUCCCCCAGUGGCCACUCAGAUGCCCAGACCCUGGCCAUGAUGCUGCAGGAGCAGCUGGAUGCCAUCAACGAGGAGAUCAGGAUGAUUCAGGAAGAGAAGGAGUCCACAGAGCUCCGUGCCGAGGAGAUUGAAACACGUGUGACCAGCAGCAGCAUGGAGGCCCUAAACCUGACACAGCUGCGCAAACGUAGUUCCAUCCCCACCUCUCUGACUGCCCUGUCCCUGGCCAGUGCGUCUUCCCCACUCAGCGGCCGCUCCACACCUAAGCUCACCUCUCGCAGUGCUGCCCAGGACCUGGACCGAAUGGGGGUCAUGACGCUGCCCAGUGACUUAAGAAAGCAUAGGAGGAAGCUGCUGUCGCCAGUGUCUCGGGAAGAGAACCGAGAGGAUAAAGCCACCAUAAAAUGUGAGACUUCUCCUCCUUCCUCACCCAGGACGCUGCGGCUAGAGAAGCUUGGCCACCCAGCCCUGAGCCAGGAAGAAAGCAAGAGUGCCUUGGAGGAUCAGGGCAGCAACCCCAGCAGCAGCAACAGCAGCCAGGACUCCUUGCACAAGGGCGCCAGGCGCAAGGGCAUCAAGUCAUCCAUUGGCCGUCUGUUUGGGAAGAAGGAGAAGGGCAAGCUGAUCCAGCUGAGUCGGGAUGGAGCCACAGGCCAUGUUCUGCUAACAGACUCCGAGCUCAGUCUGCAGGAGCCCAUGGUGCCUACCAAACUAGGGACCCAGGCCGAGAAGGACCGGCGGCUGAAGAAGAAACACCAGCUGCUUGAAGAUGCCCGCAGAAAAGGGAUGCCCUUUGCCCAGUGGGAUGGCCCUACUGUGGUCUCCUGGCUGGAGCUCUGGGUGGGGAUGCCUGCCUGGUAUGUGGCAGCCUGCCGGGCCAACGUCAAGAGUGGGGCCAUCAUGUCUGCCCUGUCAGACACGGAGAUCCAGCGGGAGAUCGGCAUCAGCAACGCCCUGCACCGGCUUAAGCUCCGGCUGGCCAUCCAGGAGAUGAUGGUGUCGCUGACCAGCCCCUCUGCCCCACCCACCUCCAGGACUUCUUCUGGGAAUGUCUGGGUCACUCAUGAAGAGAUGGAAACUCUGGCAACGUCCACUAAAACAGACAGUGAGGAGGGCAGCUGGGCGCAGACCCUGGCCUAUGGGGACAUGAACCACGAGUGGAUUGGGAAUGAAUGGCUGCCCAGCCUGGGGCUCCCUCAGUACCGCAGCUACUUCAUGGAGUGCCUGGUGGACGCACGCAUGCUGGACCACCUGACCAAGAAGGACCUGCGGGUCCACCUGAAGAUGGUGGACAGCUUCCAUCGAACCAGUCUUCAGUAUGGCAUCAUGUGUCUGAAGAGGCUGAAUUAUGACCGGAAGGAGCUGGAGAAGAGGCGGGAGGAGAGCCAGCACGAGAUCAAGGAUGUGCUGGUCUGGACCAACGACCAGGUGGUUCAUUGGGUCCAGACUAUUGGGCUUCGGGACUACGCAGGAAACCUACACGAGAGUGGUGUGCAUGGUGCACUGCUGGCCCUGGACGAGAACUUUGACCACAACACACUGGCCCUGAUCCUCCAGAUCCCCACACAGAACACUCAGGCACGCCAGGUGAUGGAGAGAGAGUUCAAUAACCUGUUGGCCUUGGGCACAGACCGUAAGCUGGAUGAUGGGGAUGACAAGGUGUUCCGACGGGCGCCCUCUUGGAGGAAACGCUUCCGGCCACGGGACCACCACGGUGGCAUGCUCGGCACCUCGGCUGAGACCCUCCCGGCAGGCUUCCGUGUGUCCACCCUGGGGCCCAUGCAGCCCCCAGCGGCCCCGCCUAAGAAGAUCAUGCCUGAAGCUCACUCCCAUUAUCUCUACGGACACAUGCUCUCCGCCUUCCGGGACUAGCCACCGCCCCCAGCGCCGGCUUCCUCCUGGGUUUCACAGGCUCACCGGCCCUGACCCCUCCUGCUCGUCCCCCUUCCUCCCAUGGCUCCUAGUCUCCUCUGUGGCUUUCCAGUUGCCCUGGAUCUCAUAAUAUACUUGUCCACCUCCUCAGCAUUCCACUA